GGAAGCUAAUCAGUAGGGACGGUAAGGAGAUGGCAAAUUUGUAAAAGACGAGGUGAAUAAGUAGAACAUGCUACUGAGUCCUGAGUCCCAAGUCCCAAGUCCCAAGUCCCAAGUCCUACGCUACAUAUACUUGUCGUCGUCGGAGCUCUCUUCGUUGUCGCCUGCAGAGCGUAACACACACUCUGUACUCAUUGAAGUUAGUCAAACCUGGAAUCUAACAAAUGGCUAUCAAGCCAAUCACUGCCAUCCCAUCAAUUCACUUACUCUUCUGUUAUGUAAUUUCAAUCGACACACGCAUAUGAGCCACCACUGGGGAUCUCCCUCCUGGGCCUCCUCCCUCGAGCCCCUCUUUCCAAUCCUUACAAUCCCCGGUUUUAGUUACAGUUUCACGUCACGAAUCACUCACAAAUCACGAUAAGUCGGAUAAGAUAAGUCCAGCAAGGUUAGCAAGGUCAUAAAACAAACCGAAAUUCAUUCUCGACCCCACUCACUUGCAUCUGCGAGGAGAGUAGAGAGAGAGAGAGAGCGAGCGAGCGAGCUAGGUAAGAAAUACUACAAAAGAUAUAAAUCUCCUUCUCUGCCUCUUAUUCUCUAUUCCCUCUCCUCCCCUUCUUCUUUCUACUUCUUGUUCUUCUUCCCUCUCACCCAUCUCCCCUCUUUCUCCACAUCGCCCAAACAAUGGCUUCCCUAAGAGCUGCCGCCCAAUUGCCUCCAAUGGCUUCAAAGGCCCUUCCACGAGCUGUACGAACAUACGCCACUACAAGUGUCAAACCGUUCUUCACUGGCGAACCAGAGAAACCACAUGUCAAGACUGCCAUUCCAGGCCCAGAAUCCCAAAAGGCAAUUGCGGAAUUGGACAAAGUGUUUGAUACUAGAAGUUUGAACAUGCUCGCCAAUUACCAAAAGAGUUUGGGUAACUACAUUUCGGAUCCAGAUGGAAAUGUUUUGUUGGAUGUUUAUGCACAAAUUGCUUCCAUCCCAGUUGGUUACAGCAAUCCUCAUCUCCUCAAAGCCGCACAAUCCGAACAAAUGGCAUCUGCCAUCAUUAACCGUCCUGCCCUUGGCAAUUUCCCUUCGCACGAUUGGGCCGAAAUUAUUAAGACUGGUAUCUUGAAGGUAGCACCAAAGGGUCUCGAUCAGGUGUUCACUGCCAUGGCAGGUUCAGAUGCCAAUGAGACUGCAUACAAGGCUGCAUUUAUGUAUCGCCGACAACAAGAGCGUGGUGGUGCACAUGUGGAAUUCUCAGAGGAAGAUAUUGCUUCAUCUAUGCUUAACCAAGCACCUGGUGCUCCUCAAUUAUCCAUCAUGUCUUUCAAGACUGCCUUCCAUGGACGUCUUUUCGGUUCCCUUUCCACCACUCGCAGUAAGCCAAUCCACAAGCUCGAUAUUCCUGCUUUCGACUGGCCACAAGCUACCUUCCCUCUUCUCAAAUACCCACUCGAGGAUCACGUCGUGGAGAACCAGAAGAUCGAGGAAGAAGCUCUUGCCGAUGUUGAACGUAUCAUCACCACUCACCACCUCCCACCUUGUGCCGUCAUAGUCGAACCCAUUCAAUCCGAAGGAGGAGACAACCAUGCCUCACCCGCCUUCUUCCGCGGUCUCAGAGCGCUCACUAAGAAACACAACGUCCUUCUCAUCGUCGACGAAGUUCAAACAGGUGUAGGCGCCACUGGUAAAUUCUGGGCCCACGAACAUUGGAACCUCGACACUCCUCCCGACAUGGUCACCUUCUCCAAGAAGGCCCAAACCGCCGGUUACUACUUCGGAAACCCCGAGCUCCGUCCCAACAAACCAUACCGUCAAUUCAACACCUGGAUGGGAGACCCAGCUCGUGCUAUCCUCUUCCGUGCCAUCAUUGAGGAAAUUGAGCGUUUGGAUUUGGUCAACAACACCGCCAAGGUGGGAGAUUAUCUUUACGGAGAGCUCGAACGUCUUGCCAAGCAAUAUCCUGGAGAAAUCCAAAACUUGAGAGGUAAAGGACAAGGAACUUUCCUUGCCUUUGACAGCAACCGCAGAGAUGAGGUCCUCAAGAAGGCCAAGGGCGUCGGUAUCAACAUCGGAGGUUCUGGCGAGCGAGCCGUUCGCCUCAGACCUAUGUUGAUUUUCCAAGAACACCACGCCAACAUCUUGUUGGAAGGUCUUGAGAAGAUUUUCAAGUCCUAGUUUUCCUCUAGGAGUGUCGCUGUCUCACUUUUCCCCCUUUGAAAGUGAGCACGUUAAGCGAUAAAAGGAACGUUCCUUUCUCACGACAUCGUUUUUGAUUUUGAUUUUUUUUUUUAACCUCUUUUGAUUUUUGAUUUUUGGAAUUUGGUUUUGCAUUGGAUACGGAUUGAUAUGUAACUUAGCCUGGGUAAAAUGUGCUUGGAGUUUUCAGGUUGGAUCACCAACUGCGUUAAUCGCGCGGUGAAGAUGAGAUGAAAUGAGCACGCAGGUUUUUGCAGAUGCAUAUGAUCUAGAUAGAAUAGUAUGAGGAUGAAUACAGAGACAUGACGAGGGGCGAAAUUUCGUCCUCGCUCAAUUCUUCUUGGGUGCA